AUGACUGCGACGACCUUUCCGACGCCUCCCGACGCCGUACUCGCUACGCUCGAAUCAAAAGUCAGUCCAAACAAAACCCUCCCUCUCGCCGAACACCUCGCCCGCUACGACCUCGUCCCGGGCCUCCAGCUCGCAGUGUUCCACAAGGGGAAGAUCAUAUGGACAAAGAACUAUGGCGUGCGCGCCGCGGACUCGCACCCGGUUAUCAAAGUCGACGACGACACGCAGUUCCAGGCCGCGUCCAUCAGCAAGCCUGUGACGGCAGUAGCCGUGCUCCGGUUGGUGGAGAAGGGCGUCCUGAACUUGGACGUUGAUGUGAACGAUUACCUCAAGCGCUGGAAACUGCCCACUGCUACUGCAACCUCCGGCCUGAAAACCACGCUACGGUUGCUGUUGUCCCAUCGGGCGGGACUCAAUGGGGAUAACUUCGAUGGGUAUGCCAGGAACGACCCGCACCUUCCAGAUGUCGUCGGCGUCUUGAACGGUGAUGGCAACUGCCCGAAAACCGUCAUUGAUUCUAUCCCGGGUUACUACCGCUACUCUGGCGCCGGUUACGAGAUCGUCCAACUGGUGAUGGAGGACGUGUGUGGCAAGCCGUUCGCGGAACUCAUGGACGACUUGGUCUUGACGCCGGCAGGUAUGACUCGCUCGACAUUCCGCGUUUGCGUCGACACGCCGCCUUCCGACAAUCACGCCUUGAGCCACCCCUUCUGUGACGCGACGAUAUCAGGUGGAUACCUCGUAUAUCCGGAGUCGGCUGCUGCGGGCCUGUGGACCACCGCUGUCGAUCUUGUCAAGUUUGCGUUGGCCAUUGGACGGUCUGUUCAGCCGGUUUUGCUGACGAGUGGAGGCGUUAUUUAUCCGCCGGGCAGUGCGCUACUUACCACUGCCUCCGCCGCGGAAUAUAUCACACUGGCCGGCGGCGAGCACGACCCAUCUACGAAGCAUAUGGCGCUUGGCAUCAUGCGUCAAGGCAAGGCAGACCGCAUGCGGCUUUCUCACAACGGCGGCAACCUCGGCUUCAUCAGUACCUUCCAACUCAACCCGCACUCCGGGUUUGGUUUCGCCACCCUCAUCAACGGGCAAAGCAGCCGGCGGUGGGAUGAGAUCAGCGCCGCGCUCGAGGAGAUAUAUGAGUGGCCGGAUGUCCUGCCACCUGCUGUGGAUGUUGGUGGUUCAACCCUCGAGAAGGACGACGUGCAAUUUGAUCUUCUCGCAGGGACGUAUGGAAGUGCGGCAGGUGGCGAUGUGGUUGUGUCAAAGGAUGGGACGUGCGCGUUUACGCUGGCAGAGGGUCCGUUUGCGCUGCGAAGGAGGGUCGGGACGACUACGUUUGGAGUGGAUGGGUUUGCUGAGACGGUUUUAGAGUUUGCGAUGUCCAACGGUAUGGAUCAACCGGCCGCUAGCGUUAGCAUCCGGUCAGGUUUCAACAGUGUGGAAGCCAAGCGGCGUUCUUGA